GUCACUUUGACAUCACACACACUCUCAUCGACAACACAGAUGUUUGGCUUAUCCUCCAUGAACUUGGCUUCCUUCACGCCAGACGUUAACCUUCCGUCGAUUCCCCUAGAAAUCGGCUCACUACAACUCUCUUCCCAGCCAACACCGAACUUGUCCUCGCUUGGAGACUUGGGCGAGGGGGUUUUAGAAGAUGAAUACUCGUUUGCUAACAGAAAAAAGUCAGAGAAAUUCCUUCCCUUGAAGAAGAGGAAGCUGCAUAAUCCAAGCGAACCUGAAGCAAAGGAGGAGAUUUCUACAUUGGAAGCUGCGUCACUUUCUGAUUCUGAAGAGCGGUCUGAGCCUCAGUCUCCGCCCCCAGCUGCCUUAGAACCAUUAAGGGCUUCCUUUACUGUGCAAGCUCCGCCCAUCAUCACCAUGCAGACACUGAUGGAGAUCAAGACAGCUCUGACUGCUGAUGAUGAUGGUGACCU